GCUUCGGCACCGCGCGCGACCUGCGCUGGUUCAGCGUGGGCCCCGGAAUGGUGCUGCACGUUCUCAACGCCUUUGAGGAACCGACGGGAAUCGACGACACUUUCCUGAACGGGGCCCUUUCUUCUUUCGCGACCGGAUCGUACGGUGGGAAACCGGCUGCCGUCUCAUCUGACGGUGGCGAUUUGGUUUCGAGCGACACCUUCCUCAACGGGGCCCUUUCUUUUGCCCAAGCUUCUGCGAGCGCACCGGGCGGUCGGGAAGUGAAUCCCGGCUCAUCUGACGGCGGGAAACCUUUCUGUAGAGCCGGCGAUGUGGGCGCCAGCGGAUCCAACGGCAAAGAACCGGGGUUCCGUCUAUCUGACGGUCAGGAAUUGAGUGGACUCGCAUCGGACGGCGAGCAGAGUUCGGCGAAUGCGGAAGGGCGGGUCCGACGGCCGGUGAUCGUCCUCCGCGCGAUGCACUACGACACGUUCACCGGGCUGGGGCUCGCUGACGUCAGCGGGGGAGCUGCCACGUGUCCCGAGAACGCGUACCUGCACGAGUACCGGCUGGACCUGGAGACCGGGGGCGUCGAGGAGCGGCGUAUCAGUGACAUUUCCGCCGACUUCCCGGUCAUCAACUUAUCCCGCCAGGGCGUCUACAACCGGUACGGCUACAUGUCGCGCUUCGUGGCGACAUCCUCCAGCGUGUGCCAAGACUUCGGCUGCACCCUCACUCCCCUCUUCGACGCGCUGGUCAAGAUCGACUUCGAAACCGGGUCAGUCCAAACCCACGAGUUCGGUCCCGGAAUUCUCGGCGGAGAAGCGGCGUUCGUUCCCCGAGCGAGCCCGGUACGUACCGCCGGGUUCGAGGAAAUUCUCGACCAGCUUCCCAGCUACCUUCUGGAUUUCCUGCCGCCCGGAGCAUUCUCCCAGGCGCAGAAUGAGUGGGCUUCCAGUCUGACGGAGCACCCAGGGGGAUCCCCCGGCGCCGGGGGAUCCCCCGGGGACGAAGACGAGGGGUGGUUGGUCGUGCACGUGUGGGACGAGGCCCUCCGGCAGAGUGAGGUGCUGGUCAUAGACGCUAAGGAUUUCGAGGGCCCUGUUUUGGCCCGGGUGGUGCUGCCGCGCCGCGUGCCGUACGGGUUUCACGGGACGUUUUUGCCGGAGGAGGAGGCGGGGGUUUAGGUGAGGGUUUAGGCGGGGGGGUCAGGAGAGGGUUUCGGGGGUUUGAAUCCUUGCAAGUGGACGUUUCUGCCUAAGGAGGUGGAAUGGCUGAUUUUCGGGGGGGUAAAACGGAGGGUUGGACACAUCACGGGACGCUUUUGUUCAAGGAGCCGGGGUUGAUUGGAGGAUGGGAUUUCGCUCUCGGAGAAAGAUACGGGUUUUAGGAACCGGGUUUGUCGGACACAAGUGGGUUUGGAAGAUCUAGUGUACAGGGUUUUCAUUGCGGUUUAUCGCAGAUUAAGAGGGUGGACAGGUGUCCAGUAAGAAAGGUCUGCAAAGCUAGCGGGAAACAAAGUUUGCAAGUGAAGGGUGAUAGCGGACGGGAGCAUGUAAUUGGAAAGAACGGACCAGUAGGAAGCGAAGACAGGCCAAUGCUGGUGGGCGGUAGGAGCAUGCGCGCGUGGGGGACCGGAGUUCAGCGGCUGGCAGCGGAAUAGCGGAACAGCGGAGCACGGAAUGGGCUCACGGCUUUGUCAGAGCCUGACACGCCGGGAAAGCCUGGUUUGAUAACGGCCUUCAUGAAGGUCGUCUUGUAAAUACGAUAAACAUACGGAUCCGACAUAGAUUGCUGCAUAUAAUCUUAGGGCGUCGAAGUAGAGCCGCGCGCUGUUUGUGACUAGCAAUUGGAGAGCACUGGAGACGGAUCGAUUGUACAGCUCGAGUGAGCAAUGGCUUCGCACUUUUAGUUCUACUAUUGAGUUGGUGUGUGUGAGAACCUAGUGACGAGACUGAUUGCUUGCGCUCUGCCAGGUAGACUGAGGUUAGGUACUAAAUGAGUCCGUAGGAUCCUCCUAUAAGUGUUUUUAAGGUUUAGCAUUGAUGCUCUUUACCCGGCUGUUUAGCUGUAUAUAGGAAAGAUAAGAAUUUGAUAUAUUGUCAAAUCAGCCGUAUAGGUUGCGGACCGGACACACUGGCGCGUCGAAAACGCGCCUUUGGUGGACUUCAACUCUUUAGA